AUGGCACCCAUGUAUGCGAAUGGCUACAUGUACCAAUUCGAAAACCCCUACAUAUUAGGAUCUUACGGUGAAUAUAUCCUGGCAUACGCAUGCUACAUUGACAAUAUCUUUUUGUUAUUUAAAGGGACAAGCGUAGAAGUAGAACGGAUGAUACAAGGGAUCAAUGAAGCUAUGGAUAACAUAGAAUUAUCUAUGAUCUUGAGUACACAACAAGUAGAUUUUUUGGAUGUAUGUGUCUAUCGUGAGGACCAGAAAUUAGCUUACACUUUGUUUUCUAAACCAACAGACCGUAACACAAUACUCCAUGCAACCUGUUUUCAUCCUGUGGCCUUGCGAAAAUCACUACCAUACUCGCAGUUCCUACAUGUAUACAGGAAUAAUUCCAACUAUGAAAUGCACAAGCCCAAAUUUCCAUUAUGUGGAAGAAGUUUAAACAAAGGGGAUACAAGGACUCCAUACUGUUACAAGCCCUAUGGAGAUGUCAUGACGAAACUGGGAUGGAUCAGAAGUCCAUACAAUCCGCACGUAUGGUGUUCCCAAUCACGUAUACAACAGCUUCAUUGGAUUUCGGGACUAUUAUCAACCAAAACUGGAGAGUUCUAG